AUGCGCAUUAAUAAGGAAAUCAAGUUCCUUGAGCUAAAACAAGGAAAUUCGACAGUUGUUGAGUAUGCUGCGAUGAUUGAGGAGUUGGUCAAGUUUUAUCAACAUUAUACCGGUGUGACUGCUAAGGGGUCGAAGUGUGUCAAGUUCGAGAGCGGCUUGAGACCCAAGAUUAAGCAAGGUAUUGGGUAUCAAGAGAUUCUCCAGUUUUAUGUGCUAGUGAAUAAAUGUAGAAUAUACGACGAGGGCAGUAGAGCUCGAUUUUCUCACUAUAAGAGUUUUAGUGGGAAGAAAGGGAAGGAUCAGAAUCGUGGGAAAUUUUUUCAAGCUCCAACUGACAAAGGGAAGCAGAAGGCUGGUCAUAAGGCUAUAGGUGGGAAAGAGCGAAGUGGGAGAGGCAUUCCUACUUCUGUAAGAUGUUUCAAAUAUGGUGAGUUUGGACAUCAUGCUCAUGAGUGCAAGAGUACAACUGUGAAUUGCUUUAAGUGUGGGAAGCCAUGUCAUCGAGCUACUGACUGUAGGAGUAAUAAUCCGACUUACUUUAAUUAUGGAGAGCAGAGUCAUAUUAGCACUCAGUGUGGGAAGCCUAAUAAGGCUCAGUCUUAA